AUGGCUUCUGCAAUAUUCAGAAGCCUUCAAGUUCACCCCUUUCUGCUUUAUCCAACAACAAUCCUCGGACGAAGAAAUGGGGUUUUUCAUUUGACGACCAAAGCCACACAAUCCCAAACAGACACCCAACAGAGGCAUCCUCAGACCAAGGUUUCAACGAGCAGCACUCAGUCCAAAAAGCUUGACAAAAUCCCAAAAGACUAUGAAGCCAUCAUUGGCAUUGAAACACAUGUUCAGCUUUCCACUCUGACCAAAGCCUUUUGUGGUUGCCCUUACAAUUAUGGGUCUCCACCAAACACCAGCAUUUGUCCCAUUUGCAUGGGCUUGCCUGGUGCUUUGCCUGUUUUGAACUCCAAGGUCAUUGAGUUUGCCGUCAAGUUGGGGCUUGCUCUUAAUUGCAACUUGGCUUUCAACUCCAAGUUUGAUAGAAAGCAGUAUUUCUACCCUGACCUUCCAAAAGGGUACCAGAUUUCUCAGUUUGAUGUGCCAAUUGCUUCUGCUGGUUUUCUUGAUGUGGAUAUUCCAGUUGAGUUUGGUGGGGGCCACAAGAGGUUUGGCAUUACAAGGGUUCACAUGGAAGAGGAUGCAGGGAAGCUUCUACAUGCAGAGAAUGGAAAUUACUCACAGGUUGAUCUUAAUAGGGCAGGGGUACCUUUGCUUGAGAUAGUUUCUGAGCCUGAUAUGAGAAAUGGUAUUGAAGCAGCAGAAUAUGCUGCAGAACUACAGAGGUUGGUGCGGUAUUUGGGAGUAAGCAAUGGCAAUAUGCAAGAAGGUUCUCUUCGUUGUGAUGUAAAUGUAUCAAUACGACCUAUUGGGCAAUCCGAGUUUGGGACUAAGGUUGAAAUAAAAAAUUUGAACUCAUUUUCAUCAGUGAGCAGAGCAAUUGAUUUUGAAAUUUCAAGGCAGGUGCAACUCCAUAGUCAAGGCCAGGAAGAUCAGAUAGUACAAGAAACUCGAUUAUGGGAAGAUGGCUCUCAGAGAACAAUUACAAUGAGGAAAAAAGAAGGGCUUGCUGAUUAUCGAUAUUUUCCAGAACCAGACCUUCCAGCAGUAAUUCUUUCUCAAGAAUAUGUUGAUGAUAUAAAAAAUUCUUUACCAGAGCUUCCAGAAAUUAAGCGGAGAAGGUAUGAGAAGAUGGGCUUAAGCAUGCAAGAUGUUCUUUUCCUGGCUAAUGAUAAAAAUAUUGCAGAAUUUUUUGAUGAAACUCUUUCAAAAGGUGCUGAUCCAAAGCUUGUUGCCAACUGGAUAAUGAGUGAUAUUGCUGCUUUUAUGAAAAAUGAAAAGUUGACCAUAAAUGAGAUAAAGCUUACUCCUGAAGAGUUGUCUGAGUUGAUAGCUUCCAUCAAAGGUGGAACCAUUAGUGGCAAGAUUGGGAAGGAGGUACUAUUUGAGCUAUUAGCCAAGGGAGGAACUGUUAAGGAACUCAUAGAAAACAAGGACUUGGUUCAGAUAGUAGAUCCUGUUGAAAUUGAAAAAAUGGUGGAGAAAGUGAUUGCGGAGAAUCCAAAACAAGUUGAGCAAUAUCGAGGAGGCAAAACUAAACUACAAGGGUUUUUUGCCGGCCAGGUAAUGAAAUUAUCUAAAGGCAAAGCAAAUCCAGGUCUCCUAAACAGGAUCCUCCUGGAGAAAUUGAAUUCAAAGAGCUGA